CAUCAAGGCUAUCCCUAAUGAUUAGACCAAAAGCAUCAAAUAUCAAGGUUGGAAUUUUUGGUAAGAACCAUGAUAUGUGGGAUAUGAUAAGACCAGAAACUACCAACAUGAAGAUCAGGUUGUCUGAUAAUAAUGACAACCUGUGGGACAUGAGCAGACCAGAAAAAACUAAUGUGAAGAUCAGGUUUGCUGGUGAUAAUGACAAUUUGUGGGACAUGAUCAGACCAGAAGAUACAAAUACAAGGCUCAGGUUUGUUGGUGAUAAUGAGAACAUUUGGGACAUGGUCGGAACAGAAGAUACUAAUAUGAAGAUUAGGUUGUCUGGUAAUAAUGAUAAUUUGUGGGACAUGAUCAGACCAGAAGAUACCAAUACGGAGAUUAGGUUUGCUGGUAAUAAUGAUAAUUUGUGGGACAUGAUCAGACCAGAAGAUGCAAAUACAAGGCUCAGGUUUGUUGGUGAUAAUGAGAACAUUUGGGACAUGGUCGGAACAGAAGAUACUAAUAUGAAGAUUAGGUUGUCUGGUAAUAAUGACAACAUGUGGGACAUGAUCAGACCAGAAGCUACUAAUAUUAGGAUUAAAUUUCCUAGCAACAAUGAAAACUUCUGGGGCAUGAUCAGACCAGAAACUACAAACACGAAUAUCAGGUUUCCUGGUAAUAAUGACAAUUUGUGGGAAAUAAAAAGGCCUGUAGUAGCUAACAUGAACAUCAGGCUGCCUGGUAAUAAUGACAACUUGUGGGACAUGAUUCGACCAGAAGAUACAAACAUGAACAUCAGGUUUGCUGGUGAUAAUGACAACUUCUGGGAAACAGUCAGGCCAGAAGCUACCAACGUGAAGAUCAGGUUGCCUGAAAAUAAUAAGAAUAUUUGGGAUAGGUUAUUCCAGUUUAAUCCAUUCACUCCCAAACUAGUGAAGCAAGGAGUGUGCCCAAUUCCUUCUUUGUCCUCUGUUUUCCAAAGCAUGGUACAGGGUUGUGAUAACAACUGUAUGGUGGACAGUGAUUGUCCUGGAAACAGAAAGUGUUGUAUCACAGCUUGUGGAUUUGGCUGCAUUGAGCCUUUCAUUCCCAGCCAGAACACAAGACCAAAAUCUGGUACUUGUCCUUCUAAAGUCUUGAUCGAUUUCACCUGUAGCCAGCCUCGUCGUGAGUGUAUAGUUGAUCAUGAUUGCCCUGCAUCUUCUAAAUGUUGUCUUACCAGUUGUGGCCCAACCUGUCUUCAACCACAAGCCUUACCAGUGGAGCCUGUAAACAUGGUGGUUAUGCCUCCCACCUGUUCUGCCGAUGGGGGUUUUGCAGCUGCUCAGAGUCAGGGAGAACUUUCCUGGUGCGUGGAUGAUGGUGGAAAUCCAUUACACAACACUCUAACUCGAGGCUUAGUGACUUGUGAUGCUAAGGGAAGAAUUCUAGAAAGACAAGAGAUUGAUCCUGUGUGUCCAGGGUAUGAUAACAAACCACGAGUGUGUACAGAUGAAUGUGUAACUGCCUACUGUCCACAACAUCCAGAUGCUGUUUGUGUUGCUGACCCAUGUAGAGAUUGUGCCACAACCUUUGUUAAUCAAGCAGGAGAGAAAGUUCUAUGUGAAGACAAAUGUAGCCAGCCUCUGGCUGUCGGGAAUUGCCGUUCUUCCUUACCACGGUAUUUUUAUAACAAAACUAGUGGAAGCUGUGAACAGUUUAACUUUGGUGGCUGUGAAGGCAAUGACAACAACUUUGAAAGUCUUGAAAAAUGCUACGAGACGUGCGAGCAGGAAGUGCCAAUGUGUGACCAGCCAAGAGAUAUUGGUUUGUGUAGAGGAUAUGUGCCACGUUGGUUUUACAACCACCAGACUCACACCUGUGAGGAGUUUAUCUACGGAGGGUGUGGAGGCAAUAAAAACAACUUUGAAACAAAAGAGGAAUGUGAUGCCAGGUGUCCAGAUCUGGUUCUGUGCCCAUGGACAUUAGUUAAAGGUCAGAACCUUGAGCCAUGUAGCAGGCUGAAGUCUUGUAUUAAUGCCACCUGUCCUGCUAAUCCUGAUGCUGUUUGUACCGCAGACCCAUGCUCAUGUGAAGCAAUGUUUGUUAACAACCAGACGGGAAAACCCGUUGAGUGUUUUGGUGAAUCUACAUCGGAACCAGCACAUAUUGUUACUCCAACUGUUCCAAGACACACUCGUUGUGAAAAUACCAGACGGCAGCACCUAGCGGACAAGACGUUAGAAAACAGUUACAUUGCCCAAUGUGAUUUGAACGGCCAGUUCUUACCUAUUCAGUGUGCAGUGGCACCAAACAGUGUUUUGUAUGAUGAAGAAUGCUGGUGUGUGGAUGAAGCUGGAAUCCAACUUCCAGGAACAACUAUAUUUCCUCAUGGAAGCCAGAACUGUGAACCAGUGAAAGUCAAGAGAGUUGAGGUCACCUUAGCUUUUAAACAUCGUUCAAUGGACCAAGCAGCUUCUUCAUUAGAUCAUGUAAAGAGGUAAGAUUACUGUUGUUCAGUUUAGGGGACCAA